AUGUCCCCCAUCGCUGUACACGAGACCGCAGCUAUGCCUGUGAAGCCAGCCACUGUACCGUACUCGCAGACCCCAGAGACCACCGCAGACUUGGAGUGGGCAGAACUGGUCAACCUCGAUCUGUCUACGUUUGAUCAGCCGGGAGGCAAGGAAGCUCUAGCAAAACAACUCAACUUCUUCUAUGUAUCCAAUUUCGGAUUGUCUCAAGAUGAGGUAGAUUAUCAGUUCUCCAUCGGAAAAAGGAUUUUUGAUUUGCCGCUUGCGGAAAAGGUCAAGUACGGAGCAGACACGAAAUCAUUCUCCUAUAACGGAUACACCGGCCCAGCAGUUUACGAGCCCGAUUCUACAGAGUAUGAUCCCCGCCACAAUAUCCAGAGCUACAAUAUCCCUAAAUUCAUCCCCGACUUCCCCGGAAAAGAAAGGCAUCCUCCGGUAGUCCAAGAGAAUUGGGAGACAAUCGAGCGCUUUGCUAAAACAGUCCAUAAGAAUGUGAUUGAACGGCUCUUGAUCAUCUUCGCCAUUGUCCUGGAAUUACAGGACGAGCAGUACUUUGUGAAGCGCCAUUUAUACGAUGUAAGGGGCGAAGAUCCUGUCAACGCGGAAGCCAAAAAGCUGUAUUCGACCGGACACACCGAUCUCGGUUCCAUUACGCUGCUUUUCAAGCAGCCGGUAGCUGGUCUGCAGGUGCUGAAUAAUGACGGCCGAUACCGAUGGGUCAAGGCGGUCCCAGGCACAGCGGACACACUGUCCUUGCUAUCUGGAAGAUACCUCAAGUCGUCCAUCCACAGAGUAUCUGUUCCUCCAGCUGAUCAAAAACACCUCGAUCGACACGGUGUCCUGUUCUUCAUCCGUCCAAACAACGACGUUCUAGUCGAAGUGGUCAAAGAUAGUCCGCUAUUACAGAAAGAGGGGGUGUACGAUACUCUGGAGGAAAGAGAAAACCCUUUAACUGUAGGAACCUGGGUGAAUGAACGCCAGAAGCACAUUUUCAAGAACGUCUACAAUAUAACCGAUGCAGGACAGGGUAAAGAAGGAGCGGAAAGGGCCGAGCUCGAGGCGGAAGUCGCUGGUAUCAAAAUCAAGUAUUGGAAUUAG